AUGGAAAAGUCUAAUGAAAUAGAAGUUUACCGAAGAGUCUGUUCAUUGGAAACGAUUUACUCCGGCAAGCGAGGCUUCUUUAAGGAUUUUGUCGAGUCAAUACGCAACAGUGUUCAUGACUCGUGGAUUGACAAUGUCUUUGGCGCAUUGAGUCAAGAUGACGAGCGGGUACGCUGCGUCCUUAAUGACCCAAAAAUAAAACACAUUGUCUCGGGAAUCCUUAGCAGAGUAAAACCUCUGUUUAGGGACAAGGAUGAUAAAAUUUCGACCAGUAAACGACUCGAAGGUUGUAAAUUAAUUAAUGCGAAUGAUUAUGAGAGAGCGCUGCUGUGUUUCAGUCAGGCAGUGCUCAGAGCACCUUAUGCUGGGAAAAUUAAACCUUCGAAAGAGGAUUUAAAUCUCGGGCUUGCUUUACUAGCCAGAGCCGAAGCUUUAAUGGUUUUAAGAGAGUAUGAAUUUGCAAUUAGUGACCUAGAAGCUAUUGAUUUUGACUUACCAAAAAAUUUG